AUGGAGCAGAAAGACCGACCUACGCGCCCAAGCGGCUUGCAGGAGAAGCUUGUCGACGUUUGGGAUCGUCUUCCACCAGCGAUACUAGAUGACAUCUUGCCAACUCUUCCCCAGGAGAUUCGCGACCUACCGUCGGCAUUUAACAAGCGUGGCCCCAAUGAUACCCGUCCCUUGCUUGAAUCCAAUAUAUCCUUUCAAAAUGCAGCCAGGGGGUACCAAUUUGUCCGUGGAAUGGAAAUGACUGACUUUCCGCGCCCUUUGCCUCAGCAACACUUCUGCAGAAACCCAGCUCUACCUGAAGGUGAAGGUGGAGCAUCCGAUCCCAACAACGAGCCUAAUGAGGCGUACCUUGAAAUUGGACAGCUAAGAACGCGUGAAAAUACUGAUACCAUGAACCUGAGGGCAAGUGCUAUGCUGAAUGCAGGCCUAUCUAGGGCCCAGCAAGAAGCACCUCUUCGGUUUGGCUCUCAGCAGCCUCCUACUACCAACGACAACUUUGAGCCUGGCCACCUCCUACGCUUCUCCCAAAUCCAGGUACGCAUUGAUGCCAGCCGUGGUCUCCAAAAACGGCAUUCCACCCCUUCAGCCAAAACAAGAAGAGCAACCAGACUACAUGACCUAUGUUAG